AAAAAGAACCCAAACAAACGUGUGGGAAUAAAAUAUUUGAAAACAUAAAAUCUAGUCAACAAUUUCAUGCUAUUAUAUUACAUUCCUUUGCUUUUAGUUUGUGUUCUUCUUUUUUUCUUUGGUAGGGAUCUUAAUUUGUUGACCUGUGAUAAUUAUUAUUCGUGAUCAAAUUCUUAGUACUAGACCUUCCAAGGUUAAUUACCUUAGCUACAAAAGUUGUUCAUAUAUCAAAGUCUUCAAUUACUUCAUCCAAGUUCAUUUUAGAAAGAAAUUGAUUAGGUGUGCUGUGUUGUUGCAUGAAGGGCAAUUCUAUUUCCUUGCACACAAAGUGUUUGUUUUAAUGCGUAAAUGAUGGAUGAUAGUAGAAGAAGGAGAAGAAGCAGCCAUAACAAGUUUUCAGAGGAAAAGGAACUAGAACUAAGACUUGGUCCACCUGGUGAAGAAGAAGAAGAAGAUGAAGAUUAUUGGUCUCAUCACAAUGAAAACAAGAGAGAAAGAAACAGUGAUGAAUCAUAUCAAUCACCACUCUCUCUUGGUUACUUCUCAUCCCAGAGAAUUUACAACUACCACCAGGACCAGGCUACUAAGGCUAAAGCUUCAUCAUUUCUUCAGAACAUGUCAAUGGUGGGAAAGGAAUCAAAGGAUGCAAUAUCAUCAUCACAACCAUGUCGUUCUGAAGUGAUAGAGUUUCAUAAUGGUGCAGUCUGUGCAGAGAAGAAAGCAUUAUCAUCACCUUCUUCUGCAAAUACAGCUGCCCCCAACAGCUCUCAGAAAAGAAGUGCAGCUGGUCCAGUAGUGGGUUGGCCUCCAAUUCGUUCAUUCAGGAAGAACAAUGCAAGUGGAAGCACUUUUUCUAAGCCCCCUCUUGGGUCCCACCACAACCAUCAUCAUCAUCUUAAUCUUAAUGUGGAAGACAAGGCUGCUAAUAAUACUACUAAUAAGGAACAUGUUAACAACAUUAGUGGUACUCCUAAUAAAGGCAUGUUUGUGAAGAUCAAUAUGGAUGGAAUUCCAAUUGGGAGAAAAGUGGAUAUUAAUGCUUAUGGCAGCUAUGACAAACUUUCCUCUGUUGUUGACCACCUCUUUAGAGACCUCCUUUCAGCUCAAAGAAGAGAUUCGUGUGGUGGUGGAAGUAUUAAAAAGCAAAAUCAAGAGGAAGAGAAAACAAUGAUAACAACAGGUGUAUUAGAUGGAAGUGGGGAAUAUACUCUUAUUUAUGAAGAUAAUGAAGGAGACAAGAUGCUUCUUGGGGAUGUCCCAUGGCACAUGUUUGUAUCAACAGUGAAGAGAUUGCGAGUGUUGAAGAAAUCUGAUCUUGCAGCUCUUUCACUUGGUGGUAAGCAAGGCCACAUACACCACUCAAAAUGAAGGUUGAGGCUAUGAUUUCUUGUUCCAUGCUUAAAGCUGAAGAGACUUUGUAUUACACAUUUUUGUUAAAAUGCAUCAAGGAAUGAAAUUUUCUACUUCUAAUGUGUAUGAAUGUAUCAAGGAAAAACUUAAACGGAUAUGCAUGUAUUCAUCAUAAUUUCACUAACUUGUUUUGUCUUGUAUUAUUAAUUA